AUGGAAACCUAAAUUUUAAGAUAAUGUUUAAGUUCAAAUGAGACUUAUUCAAAAACAGAUGAAAUCAAACUUAAAAUCUUAUAUUCUGACAUGUGAUUAUUUAAUCUUAUAUUAGUUAUUAUAUAAAAUAGGUUUAAUAGUCUAUUGCUAAAAUUAUCUAAGAUCCUUUUGAAAGUCCAAAUAUAAAACUUAUGGCUUUAAAAGUAUAAAUCUCAUCAAAACUUUAGUUAAAUAAAGAACUUGUCGAAACUUUCAAUGGCAAUUAUAUAUAUUUACUAUAAAAAACGUUAUUACCUGUAUUAGAAGAAAUUGCUAAAUAUAAAUAUACUUCCGAUGACCCAGACAGAGGAGUUACAUAUUUUUUAAAUGGUGAAAGUCCAAAUUAAGGUUUAAUUAAUCCUUAUAUUAGACAAUAAGGACUUAUAAAUUACUGGUGAAUAAUUUGUUAGAGUUGUAUUAGAGUGUAUAAGAGUUUGGAGUAGAUGGUUUCCAUUAGAAUAUUAAUCAUAUUAUUUAAGUUCUUUUAAAAUUACAUAUGAAAAGUUAGUAAAGUUAGGAGUUAAAUUUCCAAAGAUCGUUUAUUUUGAAAACAUUGAAUAAUAUAUUCCAAAUUAGUUAAUUCCUUUAUCAAUGAUAAUUUAAUUAAGAGAACGACUUAAAAAUUAAACUAAUCUUUCAACAAAAUAAAUUUAAAAUUAUUUAGCCAUGAAUCCUGCCCAUUUUUUUUAUUAACAUAAAUAUAGUACAUAUGGUGAUUUUUUCCAUUAAAUUAAAAACAAAAAUCCAAUUUAAAGAAAAAAAGUUUUAAGAAAGGCUACUUUUCUAUUAGAAAAGGAAUUUGAAAAUCUUGAUACAAAAAGAAAAGAUCCGUUAUAUAAUCCUAUUUCAACAGAAACUUUAUAAAUCGAAAAUCUAUGUUUACAAAAUUUAUAUAAUGUAUUAUCAAUUAAAGUACCAGAUCUUCAAACAUAAAUUAUCUCAUUAUAGAAUAAAGUUAAUAGUUUAGAAAAAUAACUAUUAGAUAAGGAAUAAAAAAUAAAUGAAUUACAGAAUGAAUUGAAACAAUUAUAAAAACAGUUUUCAAUUAACAUUAAAGAGUUUUUAACUUCAAAUGACCUAUCCAAUAGCUAAUUAUUUCAAAAUGAUGUAAACUAAACUAUUAUAAUUAGGUUACAAAAUUAAAAUUACACUAUGGAAUUUAUGAUUAAACUUAUGAAAUUGAAAAAUUAAAACAACUUAUUUAUAAAUCUGAUAUAAAAAUAGAAGAACUAACUGAAAAUUUAGAUGAAACUAUCAAAAAAAAAAAUUUACUUUAUGAAGAAAAUAAAACUCUAAAUUAGACAAUAUUAGUUUUAGAGAGAAGACUAAUUUAAAAUACUACAUAACCUAUAAAAACUAUAUCAACAUAACAAUGUUUAAGUGAAUGUCGUUAGAAUACUAUGACUAAUAUUAGCUAAUCAGGUACAAUAGUUUCAAAAAAAGAAAAGAGCACUGGAUUUUAAAACUCUUUGUUGUUGUCACUAAAAUAAUAAAUUUUAGGAUAAUCAUAUUAUAUUAAGACCUUAUAAACUCAAAUAAUUAAGUUUGAUAAAUAUUUUUUACAUUCUGGUCAUACAAAUUCUAUAAUCUCUUAACCUACAACAUCCACUUAAUAUAAAGGUAAAUCUAACAAAAACUAAAUUAGUCCCUAUGUAUUCUCCAUAAUCUGUCUCUUAACCUAAAUCAAGAGGAUCAAAAGAAAUAACUUCACCAUUUGUAGAUUAUGAUGGCAAAAUAUUUGCAAUUAUUCCUGAAGCUUUUACUGUCAAAUUUAGAUAAUCAUGUUUGCUUAAAAAAUCAAUUUUAUAUUCAGAUGAUAAUCUUCAAAUUGGUGUUCAAUCUAGUUUAUAAUAAAAUUAAUAACUCUUAAUUAAUUUAGUCUUGCAUAACAAAACUCAAGAAUAAUUGUAUAACCUUUGCAUUUAAUAUCAAAAAUCUUAGAAUCUAUAAUUUUAGAUUCAUCCUAAUAAUAUUUAAUAAUCUAUUAAAAGUAAUGAAUAAGUAUCCUAAAAAAUAUUUAUUUCUUUUUAAAAACUUCCUUAUCAAUUGUUGGAAUUUUCAAUAAGCUACAAAAUAUCUCAUAAAGAGCAUAGCUUCAAAGUUUGCCUUCCUUGUACAAUAAAUAAAUUUUUCACAUUUUUAGAGGUUACAUAAACAUAAGAAGCUCCAAAAUCAUUUUUUUAUAAUAGUAAAAUCUUUCAAACAAGCUUUUAAAAUCAAAUUGUAUCAUUACUUCCUGAUUUUUAAAUUAAUUAAAUUAAUGAUCAAUAUAUUGAAGCUUUAGCAAGGAUUUAAAUAGAAAAAUCUGUGUUUUUAAUAUCAAUUUAAUCUAAUAAUCAUCAAAUGCAAAUUAAAUUGAAUGGAACUUAUUAGGAUACUCUAGUGGAAUGCAUAGUGUCAACUUAUUAAGGACUAUUUAUGAAGAGAUGA